GAGUGGAGGAAACGGAGGAGGAGGUGGGUGAGAGGGGCGAUAUGAAACGCGUGUGUUUAUGUCUCCUUCGUUACCCGUUAUCUGUGACUGACCACCGGCUCAGUUUCACCUGUACGAACGACCUUGCAAUUGCGACCGAAAUUCUUCUAACGAGGUUUCCAUGGAGGAGCAGUUUGUCGUUUUAUCCGUGAGGGCUGAAUUUGGUUCCUAUUGGUGUCAAGAUAUUUCGGGAUAACAGGUCAAGCUCCUCUCUCUCUCGGAGAACACAAGUGCCAUUUCAAAGCUUAUUGGAUGAAAGUCUCAUUUACCCCUGGCUGCCAAAUAUGACGUUGCCAUGGAAACAGCUUCUACUGUUAUCAAUCAUCGACUGUUUGACAGAUUGCCUGGACAGUGGAUCAUUCCAUGGUCCGAGAUGGAGAAUGGAGCCGGGUGAUUUGUUCAUUCCCAUUGACUCCAUAGAAGAGGAAGCUACUCUGACUUGUGACGCAAAGGGAACACCAUCUCCUCAGUACAGAUGGUCACUGAAUGGGACUCUCAUAAAUCUGGGUCUGGAUCGUCGGCGGCGUCUGUCUGGGGGCAACCUCAUUAUAAGCAGCCUGGACCGCUACCAGGAUGUAGGGAUGUACCAGUGUAUGGCCUACAACACAGUAGGAGCUAUCCUCAGCAGAAGAGCAAGUCUUCAGUUUGCCUACUUAGAUCAUUUCAAAGUUCACACCAGAAGCGCAGUGUCCGUCCGAGAGGGACAAGGAGUGGUGUUGCUUUGUGGAUCGCCCACUUCCUCAGGAGACCUUACUUAUGCAUGGAUCUUCAAUGAGUACCCGUACUUCGUUCAGCAAGACAAUCGGCGCUUCGUCUCCCAGCAGACGGGAAACCUUUACAUUGCCAAGGUGGAGCCCUCUGAUGUGGGCAACUACACGUGUGUAGUGAUGAACAGCAUCACAAAGGGCAAGGUUCAGAGCUCCCCCACGUCUCUGAUCCUCAGGACAGAUGGAGUGAUGGGUGAAUACGAGCCGAAAAUAGAAGUUAAUUUCCCAGACAAUGUACCCGCCGCGAAAGGAUCAACAGUUACGCUGGAAUGUUUCGCCCUUGGGAACCCCGUCCCAGAAAUCACCUGGAGGAGGGCCAACGGCGUUCCCUUCCCCAGCAAAGUCAAAAUGAAGUACUCGAACGCCGUGCUGGAGAUUCCCAGCUUUCAGCAGGACGACACGGGCGGUUACGAGUGCGUGGCCGAGAACAAGAUGGGGAAGAACACAGUCACCGGUCGGCUGGCUUUUUAUGCAAAGCCUCAGUGGGUCCAGACAAUGAAAGACACGGCUCUAGCCAUUGAGGAGAGACUUUACUGGGAGUGUCGAGCCAACGGCAGGCCCAAACCCUCCUACACGUGGCUGAAGAACGGCCAACAGCUCCUCUCAGAGGACAGGAUCCAUGUGGAGGACGGAGUCCUGUCAGUGUCUGCGCUGACCCUGUCUGACGCUGGCAUGUACCAGUGUGUGGCUGAGAAUAAACACGGUGUCAUAUAUUUUGCUGCUGAACUAAUGGUUUUAGCUUCUCCUCCAGACUUCACAGGGAACCUCCUCAGAGCUUUGCUCAAAGCCAAGACAGGAACUACAGUGACUUUAGAAUGUAAACCCCAGGCCUAUCCCAUCGCUAGCAUUUUAUGGAAGAAAGGCAACCUGCCAAUCCACACAAAUGACAGGAUCACACUGUCCCCAGAUGGAACGCUGAGGCUUGCCAACGUGAGCAAGUCUGAUGCAGGCAGCUAUACGUGCUUUGCUAGGAAUAGAUUUGGCAUGUCAAGUACAACUGGAAGGCUCCUUGUUACCGAUCCAACCAGAAUCAUCCAGGGGCCAGUGGACACAGAGAUCAUUGUGGGCGAGAGCAUUGUGUUACCCUGCCAGGUCACCAGCGAUCCCGUCCUUGAUGUUUCUUUCUCCUGGGCCUUCAAUGGACAGCUCAUCGCCAAGGGAGACGGUCACUUUGAAUUUGUGGGUGGGAGAACAGCAGGAGAUCUUAUGAUCAGGAACAUUCAGCUUUACCAUGCUGGCAAAUACAUCUGUGUGGUGGACACGGACGUGGAGAGUCUAUCAGCCGUGGCUGUAUUGAUUGUGAAAGGCCCUCCCAGCCCUCCAGACUCAGUGACGGUGGAGGAGGUGACAGACAGUACAGCCCAGCUGGCGUGGAGCCCCGGCAGAGACAACGGCAGCCCCAUCACCAAUUACCUCAUUCAAACCCGAACUCCCUUCACUGUGGGCUGGCAGAGGGUUAACACAGUCCCGGAGAUGAUUGAUGGGAACACACUGACAGCCACCGUGGUGGACCUCAAUGCCUGGGUUGAAUAUGACUUUCGGGUACUGGCAAAAAACAGCGUUGGUGUCGGAGAACCCAGCCCAGUGUCCGUGAAGACCAGGACAGAGGAUGCAGUUCCAGAUGCAGUGCCAGGUGAUGUGGGUGGAGGUGGUGGAAGCAGAUAUGAACUGGUUAUCACGUGGGAGCCUGUUCCCGAAGAACUACAGAAUGGUGAGAGCUUUGGUUACAUCAUCGCUUUCCGCGCCUUCGGAGAAGCUAGCUGGACUCACGUGGCCACCUCCGCCCCUGGCGCGUCGCGCUACGUGUACCGCAACGACAGCAUCGCGCCCUUCUCUCCGUUUCACGUUAAGGUUGGCACUUACAACAGCAAAGGACAGGGUCCCUUCAGCCCCGUGGUCACCAUCUACUCUGCGGAGACAGAGCCAAGUGAGAAGCCAGCGGGAGUUAGGGCCAGAAGUGUCUCAGCCUCUGAGAUUGAGGUGAAUUGGCAGGCUCUCUCCUUCAUCCCUGAAAGGGUUCUGGGCUAUGAGGUGGCUUACUGGGAAGAUGACACUAAACCAGAGACCAUGGGGAAAGUUAGAGUGCCUUGGAACCAAACCUCGGCCACAGUGGGUGGCUUGGCAGGAAAUACACAGUAUUUCCUAACAGUCAGCGCCUUCAAUACAGCAGGCACUAGCCCAUUCCUCCCUGCAAUCAAUGUCACCACAAAAAAGCCACCACCUUCCCAGCCGCCAAUGAAUGUGGGAUGGAACCUAAUGGGCUCUCAGCUGUCUGUUUACUGGGAACCUGUGGUGGCAAUGGAAUCAGAAUCAGAAGUUUUGGGCUAUCAACUGUCAUACCAUAGGCAGCGACACAAAGAGGUAAUCACACUCACAACAGUCAAUGCAACAGCAGAGCUGACCCUCCCUGAGGACGAUGAGGAGUACAUCAUCUUUGUGCAGACACUGAGUGAAGGAGGAUUAGGGCCGGCAUCAGAUCCCAUACGAAUCCACCAGCUAAGUAUGAGCGCCCGUGGCUCCAGAGCCUGGAGUGUGGAGAUCUCCCCCCUCUCCCUGUUCCUCACCAUCGCAAUAUCCUCAUUCAGGUCAUCGUUGUGACACAAACAGACUCUGCUCUGUUUUUCAGCAUUCACUAUUGGCUCUUGUUUUGUU